AUGGACCCAGCAGCCGGCAGCGGCAGCCGGUCAGAGUUCUGGCAACUGGCUUGGGCGAAAUUGCCGCCCGCCACAGUUCAGAGCCUGCAGGCUUUGUCAAAAGACCAUAAUGCGCCCGCUUCCUCCAAUCAAGACGUCGACCAUAUUUUAAAAUUAGCCAGGGAAAAGAAAGCGACUUUCGAAAGUAAACAAUGGGAAGUCGAAUUGGGUUCACGGAGUUUUAAAAUACGAAAUGGUCUCUCCAAUAUCAUCGAUUGGCUUCAAAAGUUCAAAGAAGUCGGCGACAUCGCCGUCAAUUUUGACCCUGUUCAUGCGGCGCUUCCUUGGGCCGCUUUUCGGUUUCUCUUGCAGGCAGCCACUACGGAUCGGGAUUCCAUUGAGGGCAUUAUCACUGUUCUAGAGCUCGUUAGCCGCAUUAUCCAGCAUGGGAGAGUAUUCGAAAAGGUACACAUCUUGGCCUCCGAGAAUGCUCACGACGAGCAGCACGUCCUAGACGGGUUAAAGGAAACCGUGGUUGACCUAUACGUAGCCGUUCUGGAGAGUCUGGAUUACUGUUGUACUCGGCUCGACCAAAGUACUGGACGCCGCUUCUUGAGCGCAUUUCCGAAACCCCAAGAGGCUGAGAAGAUCAAAGAGCAGUUAGUGAAACGCUGGAAUGUUGUCGAAGACAACGCACGAUCCCUGAGAGGCCUUUGCCAUAUUAAAAUAUUUGCCGAAAUCAAAGGUCAUCUUCCUGACGUUUUACGAGCCCUGAGAGACCUCAAAGAUGUCUCCAAGAUUCUGGUUAAGAUUGAAGAGAAGGACCGCUAUGAAAUACUUGACAAUAUUUCAAAGAUCAAAGUCGGAAGUCAGCACAAAUCAGUACAUGAUCGCAGGACUAAAGCCACUGGGAAAUGGCUCCUUGUGACUCCGGAAUUUCGACUGUGGGAGACAGACGAACGCUGUCCCAUUACUCUGCUAUAUGGCUCACUUGCAGCGGGAGCCGGAAAGACUUUUUUGAUAUCUCGAGUCAUUGACCACAUCAAGGAACGGCUUAAGGAUAAUGAACCGAACUGUGGACUGGCAUAUUUUUAUUGCGACCGCAACGACAUCGACCGACGGCAACCAAAUAGCAUUUUAAGCAGUCUUGUUUGCCAGCUGGCUUCGCCUAUUGGGAGAGGCGGCGAAGUCCAUCAGUAUAUCCAGGAGCUCGACAAGAAACUUCGAUCCGAGCGUCUGGAAAUGGACCUACAACUAUGCCAGUUUGCUUUAGCAGAGCUUGCCUCAUCUUAUCAAUCGUCUUCAAUCGUACUUGAUGCACUGGAUGAAUGUGACGAGGAGACCAGAAACCAACUGAUGUGCUGUAUGGAAGAGAUUGUCUCGCGGUGCCCAAAUCUGAAAAUCUUUAUCUCUAGCCGAACGGAAUACGAUAUUAAGAAAUAUUUCAGCUCCAAGCCAACCAUCACGAUCCAGGCGACGGACAAUCAGAACGAUAUCAGGUCAUUUAUCAGAGAAAAACUUACGAGCGAUGCCCGUUGGAACAGCCUAGAUCAAGAACUUCGGGAGGAAACUCAAUCUACACUCCUUGCAAAGAGCGGCGGCAUGUUCCAGUGGGCUAACCUACAGGUUCAAGAGCUUCUAAGAAUAAAGCACCUGAGUAACAGGGCGAUAAGAGAAUGUCUUUGGACUUUGCCUUCCACCCUCGAUGAGACGUACGAGAAAAUCUGGAAGAAGAUAAAUACACAGAGCCCAAUCGACCGGAAAAUUGCCAGGCGUGCUAUCAAGUGGGCUCUCAGUAUGUACUGGGACGUCAGCACCGCGCAACUUGUAUUUCCAGAUGCCCUGAGGGUCGACGACGAAACAGAGAGCCUCUACGACAUUGACGAGACGCCGUCUAUCCAAGCUAUCGAAGGAGCUUGCUACAAUCUCUUAAUUCAUAACCCAGAACGAAAGAGAUGGCACUUUUGUCAUCUAUCCGCAGCAGAGUACAUGGAGUCAACAGUUAUGUCUGGGCUCCAGCCACAACGUGAUGCCGCGAUGGCAUGCCUUAAACAGCUUCUUCAUGCAGCAGAUUCGGAAUCCCCACCUGUAUUUUUUUACCCUAGGGAGGAUUUCCGAGCAUAUGCUCGUCAAAAUUGGCAUUACCACGUGAGAAAUUAUCAUGAUAGCUCAGCUACGAAGCACCCACCGCUAGAGCACCUCAUUGAGCGGUUCUUGGGUUCAGCAACUCAAAGCUCAAAGAUGUAUCAUAUUUGGGCGGAUGAAUGGGCGGACAAGUUUUCGAAACGUAAUUUGCAGCCAUCAUCGUCGCCUCUUUUCGGGAUCGCCCAAUUUGGCUUACUCAGCGUGUUGAAGGAAUGGUACGACCAUGACUCAACCAUUGAUCUCAACGUACAAAAUGAAGAAGGUCUUUCUCUGCUUGGCUUGGCUGCAAGAGACCUCAAUUUUGAUAUUUGCCAAUUCCUGGUCGCAAAAGGGGUGAACAUCGAUGCAGGAACAUCAAGCCCACUUGCUACCGUUUGUAGUAAGGUGAUCCAGCGUACACGUACAUCUCCAGGUUGGCUGAUUGAGUUCAAAGACAUGGAUGAAAAAGUGAAAAAAAUCGCAACCCUUCUUAUCGAUAAAGGAGCGGACGUUAAUGCCCGAGACACAAGGGGAUGGACGCCAUUGAACAUAGCCUUGGAGAGAGGGAAUAAAGAUCUGGUCACUUUGUUACUCGAGCACAAUGCAGAAGUCGGAAAUGCCUCGCAUGACGUGUACAAUGCCACAGCGAUGCUUGAUCCGGAUUUGGUUCGUUUUUGUCUCAAUUCGGGUGCGGCAAUCAAUGAACACGAGAUAUGGUCAGAGGUCAUGGUCUGGGUCAUACAGGAUGAAACGGAAGCAAUUGAGAUGCUUCUAAAGGCUGGUAUGGACGUCAACUAUACCCCGCGCAACGAGCGGGAUUCACUUUUAAAUAUAGCGGCUUCAUGUGGACACUUUGACCUGUUGUCAUUAUUGAUCAAGGCCGGUGCAAACCCAAAUCCUAAAGGGGUUAAGCAAGGGCCAAUAUACCAAGCUGCAGCCUCAAAGUACCCGGGAGGAACUAAAUGCAUCAAAAAGCUCUUUUCUCAUGGUGCCGCUCUUAACCCACGCGAAGGUAUUUCUCCCCUGGUUGGUGCUUGUGAUGGUGAAAAUGCUCUACACAGGAGCAAGCUCCUCCUUGAUUUAGGGGCAGAUCCCAACCACAUCCGUCAUUCGGAAUCUCCUCUCCUCUGGGCAGCAAGACUUGAAAACAAGGCUUUGUUUCAGCUUUUUCUCAAAGCAGGUGCAGAUCCUAACAGCAAAAACGGCUUGGAAAACGCUCUUGUCCUUGCAUCGAGAUCUAUUCAACAGUUUCACUCACGUGGACCCUUCCCCGAAGGACCCGGCGGGGAUAUUGCUCAGCGGCAGCUCAGGGACCCAUUUAUGACCUUCCUCAAGGAGCUCACCCUCGUCAAGGAGCCCGACACUGCUGUUGCUCGGCGGUGGCUCUUGGAUGCUGGGGCAGACCCAACUCUCACCUUCGUCCAGGGGCCCGGGAGUGCUCUCGCGUUCGCAGCCUUCACCGGUAAUGUUGAAGCUUGUUCAUUCUUACUAGACCAAGAACUUGGGGUCGACGUCAACGCAAAGCUGCAUGGCUGGUUCGGUAAUGUUUUACAUGCUGCUAUGACACCAACAUAUACGUUCACAGACUCGUGGAAUUGGAAAAGUGAGAGACAGACCUCAAAAAUCAUCUCACUUUUAUUUGAAGCUGGAGCCGACAUCCUCCCCAUGUAUAAAACACUACCACCUUCUCUUCCUGCAAUCAAUAUUCGGGGUCGGGAGUAUUUCAUAAGCAGCGCUAAAGCCGUAUUUGAUUUUUCCAAACAUUGGCUAAGCAUCAUCUGGGAUAUAGGUUCUUCACCUAAGCCUCAUCUACCCCUCUCCAUGGUGCUGCGACGUUAUAAACUUCCAUAUUCUAUCCCGCCCUCGGCCAGCAUACUCAUCAAACUCACACCAAUCUCAACGCCUCCACAUAUGGAAUACUCUGGUAUCUUCGUAUUCUCCAAUGAAACUGCAUGCUUUAUAUUUGACAACAACAACUCGAAAUUUAAGCAUAGUGAGGGAACUCAGACAACCGCCCAUGUUGCUACAUUUGAACGCACUGGAAAGAGUUGCGAGAGUAAUUUCCCUCUCACAUCUUCCAUCAAUCCCCUACUCAAUCACAUUUUUGGACUGGCCGUAUUCAUCGGGUUUGUCUUAUACCUCAAGUAUGCAUUUCUGCGUUCCGAGUGA